AUGUCACGUCAUCAAAGAGAGUGGGUGUGUAAGGUGAAUGACUGGUGUUAUCAAAAAGCAAGGCUGGUAAAAGAAGUAAGGCAUGAUGGUAAAUCAUCAGAGGGUAAGAAGGGGAAUACCAAGAAUGUGAAAAAAAGACGCAAGCCACAAGAAACAUUGGAUGCAAUGGUAGAAUCGAACGAAGAUGUUCCCGUUUAG